AUGAACGAGAAGCGGAGCAACAAGGACAAUGACGUCCACACCGGCCCACCAGCCGAUGACGAAAGUGAUGCCUCUCAAGCAGGCUCAGACGAACCGCGCGGGUGGGAGGUUUUUGAGCAGUUUCUCGAGUCGAUUCCCAUCCAGCCCUCAGACUUUCGCAACUUUGCUCGCUUUGCGCCACUCGUAUCGGCUAUCUUGGCCCCACUCUCAACGCUCUUGGACAUUCCAGCCCUGACUCAACACUGGUUCUACGAUAACGGCGUUGGGGUACAGGAUCCAAUAGCAUGCGUAGUGCUUUCCGCCGUCGGGCUCGCCUUCAACAUCGUUGGCAACAUUCUCUUGGUGCUCCGCUUCAGCUCGGCCCAUCGCAGCUCCAAGGCUGUCAGCCUCUCCCUUUACUGUUGGAUCGCAAAAACCAUCAUCGCCAUCGUCAACAUUGGGUACUUUGGCUCACUGGGUCACAAGAAUCCCGAUUUCACCUUCGACGAGGGCUUCUGGGCAGGAGUCGUGUCCGUCAUCACCGCCGGCAUCAUUUCAACCUGUCUCUUCCUUCAUUAUGUAUUCGCAUUCCAGCACGACAGCGCCGAAAAUAUCAAGAUCCAGCUUACGGGGCGCAAGUUUAUGCUCUCCAUCACUGGACUGUUUGUGCUCGUCGGCUUCCAAGCGCUCGCCUUCUCCCGCCUCGAAGGCUGGAAGUACUUUGACGGCAUCUACUUCUCCAUGCAAACGACCCUCACAGUCGGGUACGGCGACCUAGUACCCACUACGACAUGGGCCAAGAUCCUCAUCUUCCCGUUCGCUGUCCUUACGAUUGCCCAGCUUGCCAACCAGGUUUCCAUCAUCAUCAGCUUUAUCAGGGACCGCGCGGCAGAUCGCCGUUGCAAGUGGCGCAAGCGAUACUCGAUUGCAAUGCACCGCGCCGCUCUGCAGGUCAAGCCAUAUGGGACCCUUAUCGACGAGAUCUGCCUCAUCCACCAGAUCGAGCUGCACCAGCAGAGCAUGCUGCAGAUGUACGACCUCAUCUGGUCGUUUACCGGCCUCAUAAUCUUUUACGUCGUCGGCGCAGCAUGCUUCAACGCAAUGGAGGGUUGGGGCUACGGCAACGCUGUAUACGCUGUCGUAAUUCUUUCGACCUCGAUCGGCCUGGGUGACUACACGCCGGCGUCGCCAGGCGGCCGAGUCUUCUGGGUCAUAUACGCAUUGAUGUGCGUGCCCAUGAUCACGAGCUUCGCCACCAACUCGGUCACUGGUAUUAUGUACACCCUCUCGGAACACAAAUAUCAGAAGACCGGGUUCCGGCUGGCGAGAGCAGAGGACCCCGAGGCGUUCGCGCCUCAUUCGCACUUCAUCCUCAAGAACCACGAGAAGUGGGAUGCCGCACGGACACGGUACAACUCCAAGCUUGCUACGCUCAAGAAUGACUUGUCGCAGGGCGUGGAGUUAUCCAAGCGACAGCAGCAGCUCAUCUCACAGCUCCUGAAAGACCCGACGACCCACCACGUGGUCGUCGAGGCCCUUGGUGGUGUGGACAAGGCCGACCUGGAGCGGUACCGGAACAGCCCCGAUGCUGUAGAGAACAGCGGCGAGGGGACGCGCGUGGGCGAUUCGCCGCAGCCAAAGCGCUCAUCCGAGGAUGAAGGCGGGGCGGGCAAUCAAGCACGCAAUAUCUCCAACACCGCCAACGGCCCCAACGGCCCCAACGGUCCCAACGCACCCAACGGUCCCAACGCCCGCAACAACCCCAACGCCGAAUCCAACCUAGACCUAAAGGCAGUCGCUCACCGGGACAACAAAGGACAUUCGGUGUUCGACGACCUCAAAAUCGACAGGCCCGACGCGGACAUCGACUUCAAGAUCUCCAAAGCGCUCAUCGACCGUGUGUCGCAUCUCGAGUCGCAAUCCCGCCAAAUGCUGGUGGACACAAUGGACGAGGGUCUAGCACGCACAGUCUUACUGGCAGACCGGAACUUACAAAUUCGCGACGCGCUGCACCUCUCCGAUUUCGGGAUCGACUUGCAAGGCAACUACCGCGCUGAAUCCGAGAGCAGGUGGAAGGAGGCUGUGGCUCGGCAUGGCCUUGGCGAUGCCAGUUCCGGUGAGCAGGACGACAUGCUUUCACGCGUCAGGCGGUACCGUGACACAUUUGCGGAGAUCCUCGUGUUGAGCAGCACGCUGCUGCAGCUGCAAGGGGAUGACUUGAAAUCCUUCGAGCGCUGGCAGGCGGGCGACAUGCACCGCGAAGUCAAGGUCUGCAAGGCCGCAAAGGGCGUCUCCAAUAGGAGGAAGAAGAAGUUCCAUCGGAAGAAGGAGCGCAAGCAAGACCGCCAGCCGUACGAGGGGGAGUCCGCUUCCGAUGCCUUCUCUGAGAGCGAGGCUGGCAUCGAGCGCGAUCUGUGUCCCCCCUCGGACCGAGACCGUGUCAAGAGCGACAAAAAGUUCAUACAGGUCAUGGCCCGCUCGGUCAUCAAGUCAGCGGACCGCGAAGCGAACGAAGAGCGCGACAGGUGGAUGGACUGGCUCGCGGACAAGGUGUACGACGUCGUCAGCGACGCCGGCCACCGCGUGCAUAUCCGACACCGCCGGAGUCCCAGUGGGCGUUUGGGCUGGGUCAUGAGAGACCAUGAAGCUGAAGACAGUGGGAGCGAGACUGAAGGGAGCCAGCACCUACGCAGGCGGCUGAGCAGACGGCUGCGCCGGCUCAGUCGGGGCAGUCGGGCUAGCUCGAUACGCGAGCGCCCGGAGACAGCUGCAGACGGAGAGGCCGGAUCUCGCGUCGGCAGCCACGGGGAACGGGGGACAGGUGGUGGGCCCAGCACCGCAGGCGGCGGCAAGAACGGAGAGGAGGACGCGCGCGCCCGUGCUAAGGAGAAUGUAAAGCGCCGGCGCGCGCAGACGGCGAGGCGCGCGACACACCGCCGUACCGCGCGGCAGUCGGCUUCCUCCGCGUCGUCUUCUGAUGAGUCGCAUCGUAAGGACGCCGGCCGACCGCGGAUGACGCUGCGCGAGCACGUUCACGACGCGGAACAGGAAGCAAAAGAGCGACACGCGGAGUACAAGGCGCGCAAAAGCGAGAACGCGGAGCGGUGGAAUAAUGUGCACGUGCCGGACCCGAAGUCGGUGCCACUGCCAGAGUCGACGGACAUCGAGCCGCCUCCGAGCGCUGUCCAGACGGCCUCUAACAAGUAA